AUGCCGGCGCAAGGCGACUUUGAUAACGCGAUAAUCGUCACCCUGCGCCUCAGGCGCCGGCGCCGACGCCGGGCCACUUCAUACCGGUACAAGGAUAUGAGGGACAACAGAGACCCCAUCGCCCUCAACCUGGCACCAUCACGAAUAAUGGCCGGGCUCAGCACAUUAUGGCAGCCCAAGCUUCUACAGCCUUGGGCAGAGGCCGCAGUCCCCAGCCCGCUUACAUCGGACAUGGAGGACAGCAACUCCUAG